AACGAUGGAUGACCAUGAGUUUUCUCCAUCGCAGUUCAGCUGACAAACUAUUCAAAAUUCCCAGGGCCUGCUUGUUCCGAUCCUCACAACGUUACAGUUCCCCUCUCACCAACUUCAUUCCUCCUUUGUUAAGAAUUCUCGGCCUCGCUCGAUUUGUUCUCAAUCUUCUGAAUUGAUGGAGUACUGCUAGGGUUUCAGUUCCUAGAAGAAAAUAACUCAUACACUCGCUUUCCGUGCUUUUCGUGCACGUUUCGAUUUGGUUGGCCUUUCUGAGUGAAGUUGAUGCUAUUGCGCGGUGUUUUUAUUUUUUUUAUGUUUUUUACGGUUAAAUCAGAAUUUGAGAUAUCGGUGGUUGGAUUUCUUGGCGAGGUCUCGAUGGCACGCACUUGAGGAUAUUGAAGAGGUUUUGGUGGGACGAGAGUCGAUUUACAUGUAGUUAGUUCGUGAAUGGCCUCAGAGUGAUUCUGGCUUUAGAGCAGAGGAAUCAAUCGGGGAUUUGUCGUGUUGUUUUUUGAAGUUGCAUGCAAGUUUUAAUCCUCGAAGGAAUGAUAAUAGCAUUGUACGAAGUAUGCAGUGAGGCCGCCUGUUACGGGUAAAUAUCGGAUGCACAGUGUAUUUUUAGGAACCGCGGGUGGACCGGUAGGCGUGAUUACAUGGAUUGUGUCUGAAAUAAUGUUUGUCCGCUAUCUUUGACGACAUCGUUUGCGAGAUUAGACUGGACUAGCGUGAAUGCAGCAGUAGAGCAGAUGUUCUUUUGUUUGUGAAUUUGAGUAGAGGAGAUCUUGAAGAAACAGAAGGAGUUCAGCCAUGGACGUGGGAUCCGCGGCCGCUUUAUAUGCUGGUUCAGUGUUGGUGAAGAAGACGUUCGAGGCUGUGGCGCAACGUUCGCUUUCGUCUCUUUUCACACGUCUUAACGUGCGCUUUCGUGGCCAGAUUGAGCUUCAGCUCCAAUUGCUGCAGAAGGAACUUGAAUCUCGACUACAGGUGUUGAGCUUACCAGUCGACAUGUGUGUGCAGUAUGUACUUCAUGGGAAUACAGCACUUCAGGGUGCACUGGACAUGGCAAUUCGUGUCAUUAACGAUAUUGUGAGCUUUCAAGAAGAGCUCGAGGCACAAGCAUAUAACGAGAGCAUUGUGAAAACUUCCCAAGCUGAUGCAGUCGCCCGGCUACAGGGUUUCAUGACACGGUUGGACUCAAUCUUGCCAUAUCUUUCUAUGGCAGUCAAUGCUGUGUCUCUUCUAAGAGUAGCAGACUCAGGCUUGUCGCCUUCACGACUCAUGCAGGCUAGUCAUUUGAUUCGUACAGCUAAUGACAGGGAAGGAACUGUAAUAAGUUUUCGUGCUAAAAUGUACAAGUACGAGACAAAACUGACGUUGCCACGGUGGCAAGAGAAAAUGAUGAGAUGCUGCGUAUCUCUGAAGCAAGCUGUUGCUAUGCCUGGUUUGGGAAGUACUGAGUUUGUGCUUUCUAUCACCAAUGAAGAAGAAUCUGAAUCUGGAGACAUCCUUAUGUGCAUUUGCCUUCCAGUAUCGCAUGUCUCUGCUGUUGGCUCAUGCACAUUGCAUGUUCUUGGACUUGGUGAGCACGAGUUAGAAGCUGUUUUGCUGGUAGACGCGGUGGUUUCUUCUGGAUCUGUCGCGGAGAUUGCUAAGGAUAGCUCUGCAAGCAGUUCUCUUUUGGAAUCGAACCACUAUGCAUUCCAGUGUAUCGAAGGUGAAAAUGAUGCUGGUAACGAGGACGAUGCUAGAGGCCAUGAUGGAAAUCCUAGUCAUGAUGGUCAAGAAAGUGAUACUUUGGAGCUGGAGUCAACAUUUGGGUCGAAGGUGUACAAGUUGGGGAUGUUGGAGUACGCCUUGAGACUAUGUAUGCUACAAAUGAAGGAAGAGAAGGAGCACUGGCUACUAUCUGAUGAGCGGAUUCGACUCUUCUUUGAAGAUCCAAGGUACAUUAGCGAGCCUGCGGGUAUAUCCCAGAAGACUAGAUCUGGAAGUGUGAAGAUACCGAGUGGCUUUCGAACACCCACACCAAGGAAAGGAGACUCAGUUAGAUCUUUAAAUAGUAGGACAUCAGUUGGACCCAAGGUAGCACCAAGGAUUAUCGGUUCAAGAUCGAACAUCUCUGAAUUGUUUUAUGACUUAAAACUGGAAAGUCCUGGUGGUUCUGGUUCAAGUUGAGGAGAUUCCUGAUGGAGGAAGUUAAGAUGCUCAGUCUAGGGUGGAAUCCAGUUCUUGACGGGCGACUGUAAAUGCUCCGUGCGAAUUGGACGGGAGUGUUCAUCACUGGUCCUAUGUAACUAGCAGGACUGCUUAAAUAACCUUGGUGAGUACAUCUUCAAUAAAUCAGAGCAGGUACCUAUCAUGUUCCGCAGUUUUGAAGUCUAGACAACGAUGGUGGUCGCAAUUUACUAAGAUGAGCUUUCGAAGAACCGUCAGACAGAUUCAGAGUAUGGGCGGCAUGACUUGACAAAGAACAGGCUGCGCCCCAACUUCCUAGCUGACGGUGCUGAUGCAACAUUCUCAACUCUUCCCAACCCUGAUAUUUUAAAUUCCAUGGUCAAAUCCAUGGUUAAAUGUUAUGAUUGAUGUAAAAAUGUUGGAAAGCAUCGACGUAA